AUUCUCAAUAAAUACAAUUUACAUGAAUAAACAAUACCCUACCUAUAUAGUUAAGGAAACACCUAGAAAUACUCAAUAAAAUGAAGAACCUCUUAAUAAACGAUUUAUUAUAACCCAUGAUCAGACUAAGUUAUCAUACAAAGAUAUUUAGUAAACUCAAUAAAAAAAUGAAUAAUCAAAAAACAAAUAACUAUUGUAAAAGGAAUAUGAUACUAAGUGCAUUACUUAUACAGAUUAAUAUUAUUCAUUUCUAAUUAAUUAAAUGCUAAGUCGUUUUGCUGCUUUAGAAAGUGCAUCUUAAGCUGCUACUGCUUAACCUUUAUUUAAAAUGCUUAGAGGUGUAACUAAAAAGUUUAUGUUUAAUGAACUAGAGGUCCUCUUCUUUUUACACAUUAUAGAAUCAUAAAAAUGGAGAUUUGAUGAUGACCCUCUCAUUUAAAAUUUUAUUUAGUAUUUUAAGUAGGACUUUUUGUGUAAUUCUGAGGUAAUUUUUAACUAUAUUAUUAGAUUUACAAUCUUGAAGCUUACAAAAAGCUUUUACUUUUCUUAGUUUGUUGUGGCUAUACUAUUAAAUGCUUUUUUAACGAAUAAAAUGAUUAAGACAUUUUACUAAUCACUGAACAUAUUUAAUCUUAUUGCAAAGAAGAGUAAAUUUAAUUUGUUAUUUUUAGUUUUAAGAAGUUUAUUGAAAAUUGGAGAUAAACCUAUAUGAAUGGAGCAUUAAGAACUGCUCCUAGGAUUAUUAAUAAGCUAUUUUGUAAACUUAUGAAAAUGCCAAGAGAUGGUAAAUAAUAAGAUCUCUAACUCGAUUAUAAUGCAUUAGUAGAUUCAAUCAUUUAAUUAUCUCCACCUUAUUUAAGUAAUGAUAAUAAAACCUAAAAAAAAAUUGAUAAACUUUAAAAUAAAGAAGAAUAAUAAUAAUUAGAGAUCUAGUAAGAUUAAUAAAUUUAACCAAUUAAUCUUCAAUAAAAUCAAUAACUUCAAUUUUCAGCUUAAUUUAUAUUGCCAUUUUAAUCUAAUUAACCAAACCUCAAUUUAUUUAAUUCAUUUUAAUUAAAUAAUUCGGACUUUCUUGAUCCAUUUAAAUAAUCAGAUGGUUUAUUUGUAUCCAACAUUAAACAAGAAGAAAGUCAAUCAUAACUUAUUAAAUCCACAAAUGUAUUUAAAAAAUGA